AUGGAAAUGUAUGGCUAUCUGCCCGGACAAAAGCACGCUGGCAGCCUCAAUCAACUGCCCCCACCAUUGCGGAGGCAGCCCCAGAAACAAGUCCGCGACAUGGACCUGGUUCACUAUUUCCAACAUUUCGCCCAUCUCUCCUUGGUAACAUUCGGUCAACGGCCUUCUCAGAUCCGAGACAUCCUCUUAAGCAUGGCUAUGACACAGGACACAGUUUCGGGGCUCGCAUGUUUAUACGCGGUGCUUGCCUUCUCCUCCCUUCAUCGCUACGGUAUCAAUGAACAGGCUUUGCAGCUGAAGGUGCAGGCAAUCCAGUCUCUGUCCGCUUCGGUGGCAGGUGAGCCACUCACCUCGGAACAGGCCACUCAACACGUGGCUGCGUCUAUGAUAUUGGGGGCAUUCGAAAUCCUAAAUCCCCUGGAGGCGUCGGGUGAAUGGCUUGUGCACACAUGGGGAGCAAUGGAUGUGAUACAAACCACUGGACUCAGGGAUCAGCCAUGCGGGAGCAACGCUGGUCAUCUGCUUGAUUGGGUCCAAUACCAUGAAACGAUUUCUCGAUUUACCAUGCAUCAUUGGCGUCACAAGUCAUUGGUUCCAACCACCACGGCCAGAAUCGGACACAGAACACAGGAUAUUCAGCAUUUGCCACUGACGCAAUAUAGGCCAAAUAUGCCAUCCGUGAACCCCACCUUUGCAAUACUCAACCUACUUUCCGAGAUCAGUGAGACGUUAAUCGAUCCUCGGGAUCCGAGGAGCACGACCGGCGAGUACCAAGCCCACCUAAAGGAUAUGGACAGAAGGAUCAAAGAAAUACCUGCAAACUCGGCUCAAACUAGCACUGAUCCAGACUCCAAGUUCGCGGUGGAGUUGUACCAGAUGGCAACACAGAUAUAUCUGGCGCGAGCCUCCCAGAGCCCAUGGGAGCCGGCGGCGGACCUCGACUCCUUGAUAGAUUCCGCAUUUUCGGGACCCGUGCAGUACUGCAGUUGCGAGCAUUUCUUUCCACUGUUGAUUCUCGCCUGCGAGGCCCAAAAAGAUGAGCAGAGGGUCGCCAUCAUCAAUCUUAUUGAAAGAACCCAAAGGGACACCCGCAUACGGAGCAUCCAGGGGGUCAAAGACACAAUCCAAUCCAUCUGGGUGCAGCAGGAUCUACAUAGGGAUGAUGAUGUGGUGGUGGACUACCUGGACAUAAUGAGCGCGGUGAUCAGCUCAUGUCGAAGCGUGCCGUCUUUGGCUUAG